AAUAUUAAGUCGAGUUACAAAGUAGGCAUUCUAUGUGAGAAAAUGAAUGAAUUUCCCUUUGAAAUAGCUUUCUUUUUCUAAAAAAUGUAUCGUAUUUACGUUUCCAAUAAUAUAAAAUGCUAAGUUAUGGACCUUCAUCGCUAUUGUAUAUCGGCAUGCCAUUUAACCGUUUAAAUGUAUUAAAGUGCUUAUAGAAUGAUAAAUAUAUAACUCUCACAGUAGAUAAGGUGUUGUAUCGAAAUGGGUAACCAAAAUAGUUGUUGCUGUUACCGAAGUCCUUCGCCGAUCAGGAAAGACAUCGUUAAACUAGAAGACUAUCUUCCGGAAGGUGAAGUAAGCUCUAAUAACAUCCAACAUAUUAGUGAAAGAGAACCUGAUGAUGGAGAUAUUGAUCCUUCCCAAGAUCCUAUAGCAGGUACCAUUUUCAUGGAGAGAUCUAAAGCUUCCAUUGAAAAUGGUAUGACUAGGAAGCGCAGUCAACAUCAAAUUGCUGACAAACUUAAGAAAAGUAGUUCAUGUUCUACUAUAUAUCUAGAUGACAGUACUGUGUCACAACCGAAUUUGAAAAAUACAGUGAAGUGUGUUGCUCUUGCUAUAUAUUAUCACAUAAAGAAUAGAACAUCUGAACGCAGAUUAGAUAUAUUUGAUGAGAAGCUUCACCCUCUUAAUAAGGAAGGGGUAUGUGAUGACUAUGAUAAGUAUAACCCUGAACACAAACAAAUAUACAAGUUUGUAAGAACAUUAUUUAAUGCUGCUCAAUUAACUGCAGAGUGUGCUAUCAUCACUUUGGUUUAUUUGGAGCGUCUUCUUAUCUGUGCUGAACUUGAUAUAGCACCAUCAAAUUGGAAAAGGAUAGUAUUGGGUGCAAUAUUAUUGGCAAGUAAAGUUUGGGAUGAUCAAGCUGUUUGGAAUGUGGAUUACUGUCAAAUUCUUAAAGAUAUCACUGUGGAAGAUAUGAAUGAGUUGGAAAGGCAGUUUUUAGAAAUGUUGCAAUUUAAUAUUAAUGUCCCAUCAAGUGUUUAUGCUAAGUAUUAUUUCGAUCUACGUACACUAGCGGAAGCUAAUGAUUUAGCUUUCCCUAGCGAACCCUUAAGCAAAGAGAGAGCUCAAAAAUUGGAGGCAAUGUCUAGAGUCAUGGAAGACAAAAUUGCUGCAGAAGUAACUAAGAAUGGCAUAAAAAAAUGGUCAAGCUUAGACAAUGUUAAUUCAGGUGCUGGAGUCAGACGAAGUGUGGCCAUACUGUCAUAAUUUAUUAGUCAUAAAAUCAGCCAAAAUUUAAAUCCAAAUUAAAUCACAAAUUACUUGGUAAUGUGUUGUGUAUUUUGUAAUAUCAUGCUGUAUUUAGAAAUGCACCGAUUAUUAAUUUUUCCUAACAAGUUAUUUUUUAUGAAAUAAGUUUGUAUACACAAUUACUUUUAUUAUCAGUUGAGGUUGUACUAACUAAAACAGUAGAUAUACAAUUAAAUAUGAAUGCAAUCAGAAAAAUGUGUCAUCACAAAAUCAAAAUAUAUUAGCCCCACAUUUACUUCUUCAGUGUAAGAUAAAUUUCAAGGAAUAUGUCACACUGUUUUAGUGUUUGCUGCAUAAAGUUUUUGACAUACUGUGCUGGAUUUCAGAUAUGUGUACUGUGUGAAUAUUAAUUUAUUAUAUAUAUUCAGAGUUAAAACUAAGACUUAAUUGUAAAUUAUUUAGCAGGCUGUUUUUUUAUUGAAUAUACAGUUUUAUUAUUAACAGUUUUGUGCAAGAUAACACUUAAUAUCAAUAUUUCUGCAAAGUUUUAUAUUUCUAGUAUUUAAUCCAGACCCUUAUGUCAAUUAACUAAACCAAAAUGGUAUUAUGCUAUUUAGUCAUACAUAUUUCAAAGUCAAUGUAAUUAAGUAUCAAGUUUUAAUACUAAUGUAGUCAUUAAAUUGAAAGACUUGUAAGUGGUCCAAUAGUUGUUUUAAAUUUUUACAUUUAACUAUAAUUCAUUUGAUAAUUACUCCCCAAUUUUUGUGUUUGUCUUAUAUCGGCUUCCAAUUAUUCUUACUUUUACUGUUUUAACAUGUUAGAAGCACUAAUAUAAAUAGGUUGCUUCCAAAACUAUGCUAUUUAGUAUAUAAUUAGAAUUAUUAGAAUGUGCAACUGCUAAUUUGACUGACAUAUGAAUCUUGCGAUUGUGUAAUGAAUGUUUUACUCACUCAACUGCUAUACUUUUGUAUAAUUUUACAUUUUAAUGAUGCAUUUAGAAUUCUCAACAUAGUUAUACAUUUAAGGUCUAACUCUGUACAUUCAUUAGCUGAAUUUAUCACUGGGAAAAAUGUAAAUAAUAUGUAUUUAAGACUUAAUUAUUAUUAUUAUACAAAUUGCAGUGUAUUAAUGGAUGCAAAGAAAUUUCCACUGCUCCUAUCAAUAUGUCAGUGAGUGUAUAGUGUAAGAUCAUAAAUUUUAUGCCAAAUUAUUGUAUGUAACAAAUUAUUUUCGAUGAUCUUGACUAGACAAAAUUAUUAAUUUUUCAAUAUUUUAUUAAAUUAUAUGAAUAAAGACAGUAUGAAUAUUUUAUGUUAAUGGAACAAUAGUGAUUAAAUUAUUUAUCAUUAUUUAGAUUGUGAUUGAAUUAUACAAUCAGUACUUUUACGUAUCUUUAAUGUAAUUAAGCAGAAGUAAACAUUUUAUAUGAGACU